AUGUAUUUUGGUUAUAAUAAGGGAGAAAGUAUUGCUGAAGGCAAGAGUCUUAUUGUUCCUAAAAGAGUAGAAGUAGCCCCAAGAAAUCCUUUAAUCGAGAUACUCUUCAUAAAAUUGAACCAGUCAAAGAAUGAAGUAUCACUUGAGGAAGUUGAUGUCGAAGAUGUUGAUGACACAUUAAUUAAAGACAAGCUGACAUGUGGUAAGUGCCAUAAGACGUUCAACUCGAGAUCAUCCCUGAUCAAGCACUUGAAGGUCAAACACCAUGUUGUAAUCGUUGGUGUCAAGCAUGGGCGUCCUGACCAAGGUGGAAGGCUUGCAUACUGUAUCCGCCAGCAGCAAAAGAAGGUCGAUAGAAAUUCCGUUUUGAGAGUCGACGAAAAAAAACUUAAGAAGCAAAUAAGGAAACAAAUCAGUUAUGAGGCGGUAAAAGCCAAGCAGAGAGCUGAGUGUGCUAUGUUGGAGAGUAAGGACCUUCUUGAAAACCUUAAGGUUUUAUGGGAUACGUCUGAUGGUAUGUCUCUCCCAUUUACCAAUGUCUCAUCACCAAACUAUGUUUGGAAGAUUCAUAUGUAUGAAAAUAUAGUGAGCCUAAAACAUAGCUCGACCCGAAAUGCUUGGUUUGUUGGAAAGGUGCAGUGCUUUAUUCAGCAUAAGCAGGAAAAUGAGGUUGCCUUCUUGGCAGUGAUUGAGGUGAUGGAGCAGCACAGUCUUGACAGUCAUGGUGUUCCUGUUGUGGUUGAAAACACAAAAGAUAAAGCCUAUCGCAAGAUUGCUGUGUGUGAUGUGACCGUCACUGUUGAAUGUGUUGGCCUUGUGCAGUACUCGGCUACAAAAAUUUUUGGAGUCUGGAAUUUGCAACAUAUGUGUUCCAAUCCUUCCUGCUUGCUGAAAACACUGGAAAAUGUUCGAAUCCCUGAUGUCGGAAAGAUCCACAAUUUGUUGACUUGCAAAAGUUGUAACAAAUUAUGGAAUAGAGAUACCAACGCGGCUCGAAAUAUUUACUCUAUUACAAGUUUCAUGCAAAAAAACAACAACUUACGUCCAAGUAGAUUCCAAAGACCUGCAACAGACCCCCAAUCAUCCAUAUCGUAAACAUAUGUUGAUAGUUCGGUAAGUCAAUAUAUUUAAUU